AUGGCACUGAAGCUCGGACACCAAUCAAACACCUUCGUCCUCCCCUCUCUCCUACGUUCAUGCCCUCACGUCGCCGCCGGCGAAGCUCUCCACGCCGAUGCUACCAAGCGUGGCUUCAUCUCCGACCCCUACAUCGCCUCAUCCAUCGUUGCUAUGUACUCUGACCACCAUUCCUUCUCAAACGCCCGCAAGAUGUUCGACGAAAUGCCUGACCCUAAUUCCAUCACUUGGAACUCAUCCAUCUCGAGCUUCUUCCGCGCUGGCAAUUCCUCCUUGGCUCGUGAGCUCUUCGACUGCAUGCCCUGCCCCAAUGCUAUCACUUGGUCUGCAAUGAUUUCGGGGUAUGCUCAGAACGGCCAUGCCAAGGAUUCGUUGCGUAUGUUUGUCAGAAUGAGAAGAGAAUUGGUUUCAUUGAGUGCUGUGAAUUCGGACAUUGUUGCUGGCGUGCUCUCUGCUUGUGCACAAUCAAAAGAUUUUAGCUUUGGGCAGCAGGUACAUGGUUAUACCAUGAAGAUAAGUUCGUUUGUGGAGGAUGAUGAGUUCGUUGGAACAGUGCUUGUUGAAAUGUAUGGUAAGUGUGGUUACAUGGAGUUUGCUAGGCGUUCAUUCAAUUCAAUGGUUAACAAGAAUGUUGUGGCUUGGUCAUCACUCAUUGCAAACUAUGUAAACAACCAUGAGCCUUUGAUGGCUAUGAAGGCCUUCAGGGAGAUGAUUAAUAGUGGCGCUGCUCCGAAUAAUGUGACACUAACCUCACUGAUCUCCGCUUGUGCCUAUCUUAUGAGAAUCUCCAAUGGAAAGGAGUUGCAUGGGUACCUUACCAGAAGAAGGCUAGAAAAACCAGAUCUUUUUAUUUCCACUGCAUUGAUUGACAUGUAUGGCAAGCUUGGAGCUACAUGUUAUGCACGCCGGAUACUCGAUAAGGAAGGAGACCUCUCUGGUAAUCGAUCAAUACCUAUGUGGAAUGCAAUGAUCUCAGGGUUUGCAGUGAAUGACCUAGUUGAUGAUGUUUGGAAUACAAUACGGUACAUUGCCAAGUCCUCAAAUAGCGGCAUGCAAUUAAACUCUGUGACAAUGGCAAUAAUUUUACCAAUCUGCGCUCGAUCCACAUUGUUGCUUUACGGGAGGGAGAUUCAUUGUUAUGCUCUGAAGAACAAUUUGGACAGAGAUAUACUUGUAGGGAAUGGACUGCUGGACAUGUACUCUAAGUGUGGCAAGGUUGGAUGGGCAAAGAACCAGUUUUGCUUGAUGCCAGAAAAGAAUAGGAUUUCAUGGACAGCACUGAUAGAUGGCUAUGGGAUGAACAAUGAACCACAUGCAGCCAUUGAUGUUUUCAACAGAAUGGUCAUGGAGAAGAAUACAGAACCAGAUCACAUCACAUUUGUUGCUCUAAUAUCAGCAUGCAGUCACUCUGGUCUCGUCGAGGCUGGGCUUCGGUAUUUUGAUGUCAUGACAAGAGAAUAUGGGAUUAAACCAAGAGAAGAGAACUAUGGCAGUCUAGUGGAUCUCUUAGCUCGUGCAGGGUACAUCAGUGAGGCCAGGUGCAUUGCUGAGACAAUGCCUGUUAAGCCUGGUACUAAUGUUUGGGGUGCAUUGCUUGGUGCUUCCAGGAUUCAUGGAGAUGUUAGUGAGGGAGAGUUAGCUGCAAGCAAUCUACUUGAGCUUGAUUCAGAGGAGAAUGGAUUCAGAGCUUUGUUGUGCCAUAUAUAUGCAGGGAUUGGGAGAUUGGAUUGUAGUGCUAAGGUGAGGAGUUCCAUGGAUGAAGGAAGUGUGAAUAAGAGACAUGGUUGUACUUGGAUGGAGACCAAGUAG